AGAAAGAAAAUAACACGUCCACUGCGACCUCGUCUUUAGCUCCCAGCAGCUGCCUCUCCUCCCUUUGUUUUGCCAAAACAAUCACAUUAUUAUCAUACAGUUUGCUUUUUGUAGGAGGAACGACGCGUUUAGUAAGUUACAAACCCUGAAUAAAGGAACAUCUUAGGAGAUAACAGUAAGAACUGAACAUGAUCCAUGAACCAGGCUUGCGUCGGGAUGUUCCCUUCCUGAAACCCACUAUAACAGAGAGGAUGAUCUCACCUGAGUGUUAUAUUUAACCCGCCUGCUCUGCAUUCGUGAAGCCGGUGACACCUGCAUGCGAAAGAAGACACAAACCAACCAUGUUCAGGUUAUCUGAGGCAAGCAGACGGCGUGGUAACAGCCAGGCGCUGGGCCGUGUCAGAGGGGUCGAGGUAGCCCGAGGAAGGACAGGUUAUGGUUUCACUCUCUCUGGCCACUCGCCCUGCGUGCUGAGCUGCGUCCUGAAAGGCAGUCCGGCUGACUAUGUUAGCUUACGUGCUGGAGAUCAGAUCCUGGCCGUAAAUGACAUCAAUGUGGCGAAGGCAUCCCAUGAGGACGUGGUCAAGCUGAUUGGACGCUGCUCGGGUGUUCUACACCUGCUGAUCGCUGAGAGCGGACAGCUGGACUCGUGUUCCAGCGACGAGGAGCUCGGGUUCCAUGAGCACAAAAGCCACUGGCUCCGACCAAAGAUGGACUCUAAGACUUUGGGAAUAAACCGUGCUGAACGUGUGGUGGCAGAGAUGCAGUCUGGAGGAAUCUUUAACAUGAUCUUUGAGAAUUCCUCCAGCCACUCUUCCAGCAGCUCGGAGAAAGCCGUGGCGAAACGGAGGCCUGUCUCUGAGCUUGACUUCCCGUGUGGAGACGUUGAGACACACAGGAGCGACGUGAACCUCCUCUCUGAGCAAGAACUAGCCAGAGUGCUGCGUGACGACUCCGUGUUCGUAGAUGCAUUUGAACCUGAGCGUCAGGAAGCUGACUCGGCAGGCAUCCUCAACGUCGGCAUGAUUGUGGGAUACUUGGGUUCCAUUGAGCUGGCAUCGAGUGGUGCAAACCUAGAGAGUGACAGUGUUCAGGCAAUACGUGGCUGCAUGCGCCGCCUGCGAGCCGAGCAUAAGGUGCACUCGCUGGUGCUGCUCGAGGUUCUUCAUGACCGCGUGCUCCUACGCAACGAGCGUAAAGCUGUCCUGGCUGCCUACCCAGCUGAGAAGCUGGCAUUCAGUGCUGUGUGUCCAGAUGAUCGCCGCUUUUUUGGCCUGGUCACCAUGCAGGCUUCUGAGGAUCAUGGCAUGAGCGCAAUUGCAGAUGAAGACCAGGGCUCGAGGACCUCAUGUCACGUAUUUCUCGUUGAUCCUGAGCUCUGUCACCACAAGGUACAUCAAGGGAUCUCUCGGCGCUUCGGUUUUAACUGCACUCCAGAUCCGGACACUGGUGGCUGUUUGGAAUUCCCCCCAACAUCUCAGCCACUGCUGCAGUUUGUUUCAGUGCUCUAUCGUGACAUGGGCGAGUCCAUCGAAGGUGUCCGAGCGCGAGCGUUCCUCGACGGUGACCUGGAUGCUCAGCAGAACAACAGCACUAGCAGCAACAGCGACAGCGGAAUAGGCAACUUCCUGCCAGAAGAAAAAAACAACCGAGUCCUCUUGGUCGACCUCGGUGCCAAUCCUGCUCGUCACAUACCCACAGGAUUAUGGGAAAGCGCACAGGGGAGUAGGAACCCUGCAGGUGCUCAGGCUGGUCUCCCUCCUCCUCCACCACCUCCUCCUUCUAUAACUCAUCGUAACGGAUACAGGCACGAGUUCUCUGAGCCACACCCGCACCCCCACACAGACCAGCCCUCUCUGUCCAGUAGACACCUGAGCUGCUCUUCUCGGCUAGACGUAUCCGGACUUCCCACCCGCCACCAUUUCCCCGCCCACUCUAAGAAAGGAGCAGGAGGUCAGCGCUGGCUCCCUGUACAUGUCCUGAGAGAGUGGCAUCAAGGCCGCAGCAGUGAUCAGGAGUCCUACAGCGAGUCCACAGACGGCUGGUCAAGUGCCAACUGCAGCACACUGCCGCCUCCCAUGAGUAAGAUCCCAGCUGAUCGGUACCGUGCGGCGCGAGACAUCGCCUCACAGCCCCAUCGUCUCCAUGCCCACAAGGACGAGUGGGCCAACAAGCUGUUCGGGACGGAGAAACACUUUUGCCAGCACCAGCAGCUUCCACAACAGCACAAUGGAAAGAGGGCAAAAGAUGCUGAGAAAAAGGGUGGAAGGUUCCGGGGCGUUACUAUGGGAUUUCCCCAACGCUCAUCUGGGAGAAGAUCGUUCGGCCGGUCCAAACGCCUUAGUAUGUCUCACUCACUGGACGACCUUGAGUCUGCAGCUGUCUCUGAUGGCGAGCUGAACAGUGCAGAUCUGAAGGGCUGCGGCAGUGACAACAGCCUGAACAGCAAUGCCAGUCUCCCCAGCGUGCAGUGCCACAGACGGCACCCCGAGCGUCGCGUCGCAGAAUGGGCCGUCUGCUUCGAGCGUCUGCUGCAGGACCCUGUCGGCAUCCGUUACUUUUCAGAGUUUCUGAAGAAGGAGUUCAGUGAGGAGAAUAUCCUAUUCUGGCAAGCAUGUGAAUUUUUCAGCCAUGUUCCAGAAACAGACAAGAAGCAGUUAUCCCAGAAGGCGAAAGAGAUCUACAACAGCUUCCUGUCCAGUAAGGCCACCACGCCAGUCAACAUCGACAGUCAGGCACAGCUGGCCGACGACAUCCUCAACGCUCCGCGGCCCGACAUGUUCAGGGAGCAGCAGCUACAAAUCUUUAAUUUGAUGAAGUUUGACAGUUACACGCGCUUCCUGAAGUCCUUCCUCUAUCAGGAGUGUAUGUUGGCUGAAGUGGAGGGCCGUCCGCUCCCAGACCCACACCACAUCCCCAGCAGUCCCACGUCCAAACACAGCACCGGCUCAGAGCGCUCCAACCUCUCCACGCCUAAAAAGGAGGAGAAGAAGAGCAAAUCAGUGAAGGCACUCAACGAGGAAUGUAAAGAUGAACACAGUGAUAAAAAGAAAGGAAGUUUAUUUCCCUGGCCCAGAAACCGAAGCUUUGGGAAAGGACAAAAAAAGAAAGACCUCGGAGAGUACAGCUUUUCAGGGAAUGACGGGCGCAGAGAAUCACAGGGUUCUUUAUCUUCUGGUGCGAGUCUGGAGCUGGGAAAUUCAGCUUCGGGCAAGAACGAGGGAGAGGUGUCACGUAACUCCAUGGCGUUAUCAGAGCGUGCUGUGCGUUACUGUAACAUUAACCUGCCAGAUGGGUCGUGUUGCUCAGUACCCAUAAGGCCCGGCGUGUCUAUCCGUGAGGUUCUUUUGGGCCUGUGCGAGAAACUCUGCAUCAACCUGGCAGCUGUGGACCUUUUCCUGGUGGGAGGAGAAAAGCCUUUAGUGUUAGACCAAGACUGCAUGACGCUGUGUUCCAGGGACCUGCGACUAGAAAAACGUACAUUAUUCAGGCUGGAUCUGGUGCCCAUAAACCGCUCGGUAGGGCUGAAAGCUAAACCCACCAAGCCUGUGACUGAGGUGCUGAGGCCAGUUGUGGCUAAAUAUGGAUUGCACUUAGGAGACCUGGUAGCCAGGAUUAGUGGAGAGAAGGAGCCACUGGAUCUGGGUUUGCCCAUUUCCAACCUGGAUGGACUCAGAGUGGUGCUGGAGGUGGCUGAACAUGGCAGUGCUGCAAAAGACAAACAGAAACUGACCUUGUCAAAAAGCCAUGGCCCACCACUGUCUACACGAAGCCAGUCUGCUACAGCGGAGGACAGAUCAUCAGGAAAGGCUACGACUGUCAAAACCAGGGCCCAGGCGGAAAAGCGAAAACAGAAAAAGCUUAAUAUAGAUGAAGCCGAAGAAUUCUUCGAGCUCAUAUCCAAAGCACAGAGCAACCGAGCUGACGACCAGCGGGGUCUGCUAAACAAAUCUGACCUCGUUUUGCCUGACUUCCUGCGCCUUGAUCCUGACACGAGUCCCAGAGAUGUCCCCGUCAGCUCCACCCCUGAUCCCUGCAAGCCCCGCCCACGCUCUAAAGAGAAUGGCUCCGCCCUCAGUGCCAGCCACCAGACACAGAGCUUGGAUUCGGGUGUGGAGGGUCCAGGUGGCCGGAAAGUUUUCAUGCCCCUCCAUAGAAAUCCCGCUCCCCAUAGGCAGGCGACAUUUGGCCCUACCCUCUCACCCAUCUCACACGGUCAUGGCGAAUGGAAGCGAGAGAGCAGGGCCCAGGCACUGGAAGAGGAGGAGCAUGGCACGGACCUGACACUGGUGGCUGAAGGCGAUAUUGCCAUUCCAAACAGCCUGCUCCUCCCUCCAUCUCCUCUGCCCCUCCCUCGCUCCCCAGAUCGGCCCCGUCUCCUCAGAGAGGAUGCUUACCAGGACAGCUGGGCCCAGCCAGGUACCUCUCCUGUGUGACCUGUGCUUUUCCUCUAGCACACCCCUCUCAUGUUCUUCCUGAAGAUCUGCGUGUGUGUUUUAUUGAGUGCCGUGGACUUGCUGUUCUUCUUUUUGCCAAACCUCGUCAAAGUCACAACUCUCCCUUGUACAUAUGUUACCCUCUAAGAGCACUUUACUGAACUGUUGGAAAAGAUUUAUAAAAUUGAUGACUAACAAACUUUUAUUGCCUUUGUUAGAAAGGUUUUGUAUGUCCAGUCACAUUUCAUGACGCACAAACAUGACAGUUGUUUGUUGUCAGGCUUCACUAAUAUAAGAAGCUUAGUAGAGACGAUUGUAGACAGUGUGAUUGUCAGUGAGUGGUCAGCUAUUCUCAAAAACACAGAAAAUACAGUACUGUGCACACCUCAUUGCCACCUCGUUUCUUCAUAUUUUGCUUCCAAAGAGCCAGACUUUCUUGUAUUUUUAAUGCAGUCUUAAGGAAUAGUUUCAAGCUUCCUGAAGGCUCUCAGGUUUGGCAAGGAUUACUCUCUCAUUUCCAGUCCAGUUCCUGCAUCUGACCAGUUUCAGAAGAAUAUGUUUUGUUUGUAUGCCACACAGUGACCUAUGAAUAAUCCAAGCAUAAAAAACAUCUAAUUUAAGGCAUGCACCAGUGAGGAACCGGUGCAGAUGAUGACAGAUGUUCAGGCUAAUGAUUAGUAUACUGGUGAUACUAAAUGCUGAGUGGUUGGAACAGAUGAGAGUGGAAAUGAGGUUGCUGCUGAGGCUGUUUGUGUACAUAAACAACCAAUUUUAAAAGGUACAAAACAUUUGUUCACAUUUUUGUAAUUUAAUUGUUUAAAUUAAUUUAAGAUGAAUAAAUGAGGGAUGGCUUAAGACAGUGUAAUGCACAGUACUGUAUAAUAAGCAUAAAUGCCUAAAUAUGAAGUGGUGAGAAAUGCAACAAUCAUUACACCACUUCCUGAUUUUAACUAUUAUCAGUUAAGACCAUUUUGGCUCUCUAAUAUCUUCUGCAAAAUUCAUACAAUGACAACACACUAGAUUGAUUUCACAAGAAUGAAGAAAUAAAGAUUUUAGCCCUGGGCCUGACUCUCAAAAUCUCAGCUUAUUUCUUAGUCCUUAAUAUGUUGCAAUAUAUUAUUCCAUAACUACAUUAAAUUAAUACGAAAUGAAAGUAGUUAUGCGGUCUAGGAAUGUAAAUCUGGAUCCAACAAAGAAUCUUUGGAAUGUAAAGAAUUAACUUUCAGGAGUUUUAUAUUUAACCUGAAUUGGCAAAUUCAUAUGAAUUGACACCUAAGAUACCCUGAUGGCUUCUUGCCUAAUGUCAUGACAGGCCUAAACAGGUGCAGAACCAGACUGGUGACGAAAGUUGUCUUCAUGAGCUAUUGUUAAUUUUAAUUACUGACUUAAAGGCUGUUUUAGAGUUAUAAUAACAAGAACAAGCCUUAAAAACAGGUAUCAAAUAUAUAUUACUGACUUUUCCUGUUUUACCAUCACUAAGGAAAUGACUUUAAAAGUUAAUACUUGUUCAUUCUUUAUUUUUUCUGAAAACAGUCCGGCCACAUUUCAGACAUCAGAUACUAUAUUUACAUGUUUCUUUCUCAGUGGUCUUACAAUGUAUAACAAGAAGAAUUUGGAAAGAUGGAAAAAGUAGAUCAGGGCUGAGGCUCCCAAAUGUCCUUUAGCACCGUGUCAAGCAUCACAGAAAUGUUUAGUAGAGUUUUUCUUCUUGAUGAUGAUGACACGGCUGAAUGCAAUGUCAGAACAAGAAGAAAAUUGUUAACAUCACUGCCAUAACACCCAUGCAGACUGCCAUGAGCCUUUGGCUUGUUGUAAAACAUUCCUCCUUAUAUAUUAUAAAAAAAUAUAUUUUGUUGCACCUUUAAAAGAAGAGAUGUGACCAAAUGCAUUUCCCAGAUUUUAUUUUAGCUUUUAUCUAACAUGUUCAUUAUAACACACACACACACGCACACAGGCCAGGUGUGAUAAGCAUUCAGUUCUGAAUGUUUUUAGGAUCUACGAUUUCUUGCAGUAUACCAUUCUUUACACUCAUUCCUUUACAAACCUUCAACCUGUUUCUUUUGACAAGCAAUUCAACAAUGUUUACGCAAAUUAAUGUCCAUUCAAUGCAUAUGCUAUUAUUUCAUGUAUUAUAAUUACAAUUUUAAUUUAUCCAAUUUGUGUGCAAAGUAGGAUUUACUAAAUGACAAAGAAAUACUAACUGUGUACAGGUUUUUGCUUAUACCAGCGUUGUUGAAUUGCCUGCUAUUUCUCUGUAGACACUGAGAUGCAAUCGUGUUUCCUGUAGCAGUUUUGUCGAGAUGACGAUCCACUCCGGUCUGUGCAUAUCUCUGUAUAUAAAGUUAAAUAAAUAUUAGAGCAAACGUCUUUUGCUCUAAUUUACUAUGUG